GCUGGGAGCUUCUUGCUGUGCCGGAGACAUUUUGGAUUUAAAGGGGCUGAGCUAGCCGUUAGUCCUAGCUCUCGGUUUCCCUGAGCUACAUAGAAGAUGUCCACCAUGGUGUAUCCGCGGGAAGAGAAGCUCGAGAAGCUUUCUCAGGAAGAGAUCAUCUCAAACACAAAGCUAGUGAUCCAGGGUCUGGAGGCCCUGAAGAACGAGCAUAACUCCAUCCUCCACAGCCUCCUGGAGACCAUCAAGUGCCUAAAGAAGGAUGAAGAGGCCAACCUGGUGCACGAGAAGUCCAACCUGCUGCGCAAGUCAGUGGAGAUGAUUGAACUUGGCUUGGGAGAAGCACAGGUGAUGAUGGCCCUGUCCAACCACCUGAACGCAGUGGAGUCGGAGAAGCAGAAGCUGCGCGCACAGGUGAGGAGGCUUUGCCAGGAGAACCAGUGGCUGCGGGACGAGCUGGCCAACACCCAGCAGAAGCUGCAGAAGAGCGAGCAGAGCGUGGCCCAGCUGGAGGAGGAGAAGAAGCACCUAGAGUUCAUGAACCAGCUCAAAAAAUACGAUGAAGAUGUCUCACCCACUCAGGAGGAGAAGGACAGAGAAACACCGAAGGACUCCCUGGACGACCUCUUCCCCAAUGAUGAAGAGGAGCACGGCCAAGGAAUGCAGCACCAACACAACAGUGCGGCUGUGGCUGCAGCCCAGCAGGGAGGUUACGAGAUCCCAGCCCGUCUGAGAACCCUGCACAACCUGGUGAUCCAGUAUGCUUCCCAGGGCAGGUACGAGGUGGCUGUCCCCCUUUGCAAGCAGGCUUUGGAGGACCUGGAGAAGACCUCUGGACACGACCACCCUGACGUGGCCACAAUGCUCAACAUCCUAGCCUUGGUCUAUAGGGAUCAGAACAAAUACAAAGAGGCAGCCCAUCUGCUCAACGAUGCUCUGUCCAUCCGAGAGAAAACCCUGGGCAAAGACCAUCCUGCCGUUGCUGCAACGCUGAACAACUUGGCUGUGCUGUAUGGAAAGAGAGGGAAGUACAAGGAAGCCGAGCCCCUGUGUAAGAGGGCUCUGGAGAUCAGAGAAAAGGUCCUGGGGAAGGACCACCCAGAUGUGGCCAAACAGCUCAACAACCUGGCUCUGCUGUGCCAGAACCAGGGCAAGUAUGAGGAGGUGGAGUACUACUACUGCCGUGCCCUGGAGAUCUACGAGUGCAGGCUGGGCCCAGAUGAUCCCAAUGUGGCCAAAACCAAGAACAACCUGGCGUCAUGCUUUCUCAAACAGGGGAAAUACAAGGAGGCUGAGAUUCUGUACAAAGAGAUCCUGACUCGUGCUCAUGAGAAAGAGUUUGGAUCCGUUGAUGCCGAGAACAAGCCCAUCUGGAUGCAUGCAGAGGAAAGAGAGGAGAUGAGUAAGGGCAAGCACAGAGACAACACGCCAUACGGAGAGUACGGAGGCUGGUACAAGGCCUGCAAAGUCAACAGCCCCACGGUGAACACCACCCUGAGGAACCUGGGGGCCCUGUACCGCCGACAGGGCAAGCUGGAGGCUGCUGAGACCCUGGAAGAAUGCGCCUUGAGGUCUCGCAAGCAGGGCAUCGACCCCAUCCACCAGACACGUGUGGUGGAGAUCCUGAAGGAUACAGAGGGCGACAAGCGGAGGAGCAGGGAUAGUCUGACCAGCGUUAAGUAUGAGAGCGGCUCUGAGACUGGCGAGGAAGUGAGUAUGGGCGUGGAGUGGAACGGGGCCUAAGCCAUCAAGAUUAUUCCUCCAUCCUUCUCUCCUUCCCCAACACAAUAGCAAAAGGAUGUGUGUUGUCGUUCCCUCUGGCCUUCUCUGUCCCAACAAAACAACAGCUCCUCUACCAUUCCCGGCGCCCCCUCCGGCAGAGACUCAGAAAGCCCCCUCCUGGUUGUCACCUCUGUCCCUUGUUCAACUGACAGCCGCUGGGACGUUUGGUCUUCUCAUCUCUGCUCUGUUUUCCCCCUCCUCCUCUUUCUUUCACUCUCUCUAUCCUUUCCUCUCACUAACCCCAUGUCGUCCUCUGUCGGAAAUCGUUACUUCAGCUCUUUUCUCUCACUUAUCAUUGAAAAAGUCAUUGUGUGUGUAAUCUUUCCCUGUGAGGAAGUCACUCGCACAUUUUUCCUCUGUCCACUUGUAACUUCUCGUAGGUGCAUAGUAGAUUUAUUUGGCUGGAAAGCAGAGCAGGAAAGUUGGAAGUAUACAUUUUUGUGGAAAAAGGCUCAAAAUACAGAGUAAAUGCUGAAAGAUUUUGAGGAUCAGUGUCACCUUUGACAGCAGCCCAGCUCUAGACAUCACUUCAACCCACAGUCACAUAAAACAUUAAUAAUACUAUAGACUAAAUAUUAUACAAAAUAAUUAAUGUUCAUAGUUGCUCUGCAUUGGUCUCACUGAAUUUGUUUGUUGCCUUGAACACUCUCAGCCUGUUUCUAAGUGAAAGUUGAACUCAGAGCUAGCUUGCAACCUGCCUGUAUUUAGCCAUCAGUAGUAUCUGUUUAUUUAAUUUUAUUUUUUUUUCUUCUCACCCUUGUGUAUUUUCUGUUUAAACUAAUGCCUGAGAUCAAAUGCCUAAACUGUUUAAAAAUGGUACUGUUAAGUUACACAUGCCAAUCAAGAUAUUUACAAUAAUUUAACAUAAUAAAUAAAAAUAAAAUAACAUCAGCCAAGUUGACAGGACAUGAGAAGGGAGCAUUACCAUUUUUGUUUUUAUAGAUAUAUUUCCUAUUCAUUUUGUAUGAUUUUGUUUACAUUUUUUUAAUGCCUGUUUGGUUAUUUUGCGGCUGAAUAUAAAGGCAGUAGUAUGUCAACGAUGCCAUAGUGUUUACCUGCUGUGAAAGACCAGAAUGUUCAGCAUCAUUUGGGCCAAAGCUGACGGCAAAUUGGUCAGAUCACAGCAAGCUGUUGUUGCCAUGGUAAUUUAUUUUUCCAAGUCGCUCUUACUGGCUUCAGUGUCCUUGGUUGGAUGGAGCAUUCACACAGGCUCUGUGCUGGCACAACAUGCACACAGUGGCUUGCAUUUACAAAGGGAAUUCGCAAUGUUGGCUGAUUCUGUAAAGCCGGUAUGAAACCAGAGGCCAGCCAGAGCAUCUAGCACAGACGCAGGCCGCAGGAAAGAUUGCUAAAUAAAAACAGAUUUCACAAUAAUGGACACCAGUGCCCAGAAUUGCCUUUAUUUGUUGGUGUAGGAGUAAGAGGCCUGGAUUCCACAGUAGUGUUAGUGUGUGUUUGUGUAUGUUUUGGUGGUACAGUCACAGUGCCCACUCUGGCUAUGGAUGCUGUAUUUUGAACACAAAGCUUAACGGGGUCUGUUGCCUUUUUCUUACACGGUCGUUCGCAAGUAAACAUCGUCACUUUGGUGAAUCAUGUUUUUAGACACCAGAAGUACAGUGCGAGUGUUUCCUCAAGAUCAACAUGUUAUUUCAGAUGUUUAACUAACUGAAUGUAAAAUGACUUUAACAUCUCGGAAGUGUAAUUGUAGGCUGUAUUUAUAGAUUUGACAAGUGCAUUCACUAUACAGCUUUUCAGUAUGCUACUUGCCUUGAUUCUUCAUUCCUUCCAAUGAGUACACCUAUACUUCUAAUGCAACUCUGAUCAAAAGAAUUGACUGUGUUCAUCACAUAAUUAUGACAAUAUUGUUGUUAGUGGAAUGCUUAUUUAUUGAACUGUCUAUUCUUGACAUAUAUAGUGUGACUUCAGUUUCCUAAAGUGGAAGAACAUAAAUGGUAAGGUCUAUAAGCACUAUCUUAGUAAGUAGGACUGCAUUAUAUUUACCAUUCUGCAUUGUGAAGAUUAUUGCAUCAACACUUGUUGGUAUUCUCAAAUAAAGUUUUUCAUUUGUGAAGUUCUGUCUUUUCUCUGUCGGGUGGAGAUGUACGUUUCUUCUCUACCGGUGGCUGCAGAGCCAGCCGCCCAGUGGAGUGGAAAUAUUUCAUCUUUGGCAGCUACGGUUAAAUCCCUUUACCCACAGUUCCUCCUGCUGGUGAUAAGCCUGUAUUGCAUUAUGAUGAUCUCACUGCAGAUAAUUAACACAGCAUUCUGUUUUGUUUCUCAUCAAAGCCAGAGAAAGGUAUACAAAGUGUGUUUCCUAGUUGGUUGGUAAUUAAAACACACACUGUGUGCGAGGGCUGGUAUGUUCUAAUCUAAGGAUGAAUGGAUGGAUGGAUAAAUUACUGUGACACACUGAAAAAGCUCAGAGUUUUACACCAGUCUGAAGAGAAUCUCUGCUUCUGGUUACUGUUCAUUCUGCAACUAACAUUAUUUUGAUUAAUCUUCCAAUUAGUUUCUUUUUAAACUGAUCAACCUUUAGUCUAUAAAAUAUCUGAAUAUAAUAACAUAGGUUUGUCACAAUAAACUAAAGCCCAAGUUAACAUCUAAACAUAUUUUCUAGGUCUCCCGAGGCUAAAAUAUUCAACUCACUGUGAUUAAACAAAACAAACAAAAAGAAAAACAGAGAAAAGCUCAUUCUAUUAAUUGAGAGGCUGGAUCUGUGCCAUGUCUAUGUAUUUUUGUUUUAAAAACUGUAAAUUAAUCAACUAAUAUCUGCUGAUUGAUUAAUGGAAUAAUCGUUUUAGUUGAUAAUGUUGAUAAGUUGAUAAUGAUAAUUUACAGCACCAUUGGAUCACAUGGAGACCUUCACACUAAAAACCAUGCCAGAUGGAUGUGUGUUUUACACCUGUGAUAUUAAUGAUGAGAGUUAUGUUGAAUAGAUUGCUAGCAUUUUAAUGCUAUCAUUUACAUGUUUGCAUAUUAAGCUAAAUAUUUCAGUGUCAUCUCAUUGAUUUGGCCUUUGAACCUCUGCUGUAUUUAUUACAGAUAACGUAUUCAUGCAUUCAUAUAUUGACCCUGUGUUGUGAGACCUUCAUCCUCAUACUCUUGGCUGCAACCAGCCUUUUAUAACACACAUCUGCAAAAGUAA